UCUACCAAAACCAGUAUCUCUCUAGCUAGCUCAUUGAAAAACACUCAACAAUAGUGUUCUCUCGCAAAAGCUCAAACACAUACACAUGGAAGAACCAACCAAUCCCAACGUUGUUGCACCAACAUAUAGGGGUGUGAGAAGGCGCAAAUGGGGCAAAUGGGUGUCUGAAAUUCGUGAGCCAGGGAAGAAAACAAGGAUAUGGUUGGGGAGCUAUGAGGCGCCAGAAAUGGCCGCCGCGGCCUAUGAUGUGGCCGCAUUGCACCUUAGAGGACGUGGGGCACGCCUGAAUUUUCCUGAAUUGGUUGAUAGCUUGCCGAGGCCUAAGAGCUCGAGAGCUGAGGACGUGCAAAUGGCGGCUCAAGAGGCGGCAUUGCGGUUUAGAAGGCCUGAGAUGGGAAGCUCUGGGGCUAAUGUGAUGCCGGUCAGGGUGGGACUUUCACCUAGCCAAAUUCAAGCCAUUAAUGAGUCACCUUUGGACUCACCAAAGAUGUGGAUGGAGUUGACAGGAGCUCUUUUGUUUGAGGAGAAUAUGGUAUUGUAUGACAACAAUGUUGAGUUCAGUGACUGGGAAGAAUUGCAAUAUGAGUCCAUUUGGGACUCGUAAGCAUCAUACUCAUCUCCAUUUCUCUCUUACAACAAAUGAGAGAGGGAGAUUUAAACACAAGUUCUUUUUUAUCAGAGAACUGAACAAUAUAUGUCACAUAAUUUAUCGGUAAUUACCUAAGACAAAAAGAAGCCUUUAACUAUAGUAACUCUUUUAACUUUUUUCCCUUCCUUUUAGAAAGGUUUUACUUCAAUACAUUUGAGGUCACUCCUCUAUAGUUUAGUUUGGUCAUUUGAGGCAUUCAGUGGAGAAUGGUUCAAGUUCAAGUAUGUGCAAGUUUUUUCUGGUACAAAGUAUCAUUGUGGUUGAGUCAUGAAGAGACACGUGGGUCGAGUUUUGCAUUAAAUGAGCAGCUUUUAAGAAUUUGGAUGGAGGCUAGCUUUAUUGAAGCAUCAAAUUGGGGUUUUGUUUUUUUACUAGCUCUGGCCCUCUCACAUAGUAGUCUAUUUUUGUUGGGUUUUAUUGUACUAUUACAUUAUUACUAUAUAUCUUUUCUGGGGGCUUUUUUCUCUCUCUUCAUUUCAGUCCUAUGCUACUUGUAUGUAGCAACUGUUAAAAACAGUUAUGUAUUUUGUUUUACUUAUGUAAAAUAAGUGGUUUAUUCAUACCAAUUAAUAAAGCCUAUUACAUAUUGUU